AGUUAUUGAUAUUUAUCCUAUAGGUCGCUCACUUUUCUAGGUCUCGUUACAGAGUUAGAUUUAAAUCAACGUACAAUUACGUACAUUUUCUUAUCUUCAGAGUAAAACUUGAAGUAAAACUGGCAACCUUCUUUGACUUCCUUGUUUACAGUACAAAGCCACACCUACAAGAGCAUAACAGUGUGUACCUUUAGAAAGACAAAAACGAAAGUAGACUAGAUCUACUUUGAACACCAUUUAUAAGCAUUCUUCAGUUUGUUUGAUGAUGGCACUCAUUAAUCCCCUACGUGUGCUGGCAUUCGUAAGAGAUAAACUAGAGACAUAGUCAAAAUGAAUAACGAGAUUGUUUUGAGGACAAGUAAAGGCGAAUAUCAUUUGGAAAGUGCAGUUUGUGGAGCUGUGUACCUGAACAUAUGUAGACCCACUGAAGCCAAUGGAAUCCGGAUCACUUUUAAAGGAGGAGAAAAAUGUUGUUAUGAGUAUGAGGAUGAUGAUGGGAAAAAGAAACAACUGAAAAGUGAAUCUACUCAUGUGGACUUCUCGGACGUUACCCUCUUCUCGCAGAAUGGUUAUUUUGACCUAGGGAGAUAUGUGUUUCCUUUUAGAUUUCAACUGCCUAAGGAUAUUCCAGGUUCCUUCAAGUGCUCUGGACAGACUGCCAAGUCAUCAUGGAGUGCUACUGUUUCUUACUCCAUAAAAGCCUGUGCCAUAGGAGCGGAAGAUAUUCAGGUCAUACAGCCACUGGUCAUCUAUGAGGCAGAACUGGAGGAUCUGAAGCAAGGACAGUUCACAUCGGCCAAAGAUAGCAGCUUUGAAGUGUCGGGAUUUCUUCCUCGUAUGAGAAAAAGAGUCCAUGUUACAGCAAAAUUGCUGGACAAUUAUGUUGAAUGUGGCUCCAACGUACAGCUGAGACUCAUUAUCACAAACCCAUCGAAAGUUAAACUCACAGGAUUUAGCAUCAAGCUGAUUCGUUACCUGACCCUACACAUGCGUGAUGCGCCACCUUGUGUCAAAGCUUCAGGAAACAUGCAGUUCAUGAACGACGCGUGUCAAAUUUCUCCAGAGUCUGGACCGCUUGUGGUUCGUACGGUGUCUGGAAAUUCUGAGACAAUCAUCAUCGGGAAUUUUAGCGGAGGCCUGGACAAGCUACAGCUGCCUCUGGCCGAGAAUGUCCCAGAAGGAACCAGGGAUGUCUCUCCUUCUGUCACUGGAAAACAUGUCAAGAACCAGUAUGGUGUAGAGGUCGCAGUCACCUUCAGUAACGACCAUACGGAAAGUUUCACUCUCCCCAUUUCAGGAGUCCUCCCUAGAACCAAUACAAAUUGGUCAAGAUGGAGGGCCCCAGACUGGACAUUCCAUUGUGAGACCAAGCUGUCUUCCUGUAUAUUUUCUGUGACCGAACAGAUGCUCCGCACAGAGGCCUUUUCAGGCUUGCCUAUGUUCCAAGUGCUGUGACAUUCCUGGUGUUUGAGCUUGAGAUCUAUGCACGACUUCUAAUUGUCGAGAAAAAUUCAGAUACAUAUAUAUACACAUGACAUAUAAAUUAUAUGAUCUUAUAAGUGAAUUGUUGUUAAUUGUUCUCAAUAUAUAUGUGAAUGCGAUUUGAUUUGUUGUUAUUGUUAUAAAUGCAUUUGUUUUGUGGUAGAUAAAUGGUUUCGGGUCAGUAACUUAAACUUGUUGUCAGAACCGUAAAAGUCAUGUACAUAUUAUCAUUUAUAAUUCAUUAUAUAUUGGUUGCAACGGUCAAGAUUACUUGAACUAGAUCUACUUAGACGUAUAAAGAAGUCCUCAAGGAGUGUAAAUAUUGUGAUGGGAACAACAGACAUGGUGGUGAAACAGUCUAUUUAUCACCCGUUUUGGAUUGUCUUGGAUAAGCAAUUCUUUACCAGGAUUGAAGUUCAGGAUAUCAGAGAGUGAGGGGGGGGGGGGGGGGGGGCAGUUGGUCAUUUAUUUUAAUAGAUUUGAACAGUGCACAGCACAUACAAUUCUUCCUUCUGUGUUCAUUGUGUAAAGUUCAGUAGAAAGCUUCUCUCCAGCUUCAAGUGCCAUGCAAAAAUUUUACUUCAGCUGCUAACCAAAAUCUUACUCUAUUCUGGUAAGAUAACCUUUUUACUCACUGGCAGAUACUGUGGCGUCCUUUUAUAUAUAUAUUAUGUGAUAUACAAUCAAACCUACCACAACGGCUAGCUAUACAAAAGGCCACUUUUCAUUUUCCCCCCUUGCGUUUUUUCUAUAUAAAUUAACUGUGUAAAACGGUCACCUGUCCAAAGCCCCGGUUUGGACCUCAUUGGACCUCGGAAGAGAAUGAUCUUAUUUCAUUUUGAUCAGUCCUGCCUAAGACGGCCACUUUUCUCCAUGACAAAGGGUGGCCGUUUUAUGAUUCAUAUGUGAUUCUUUGAGAUCUUACAGAUCUUAAACAUGCCUUUGUCAAAUCAAAUUGUCUACUGUGUAUAAUAAUAGUAUAAUAAUGUUUGAGAAGAUAAGAAAAUGUGACAGUGACAGAAAUAAAACUAUUUGUAUUUUAAAAAUUAAAAAUUGAGAUU